CCCGCCAUCCCGCCAAUUUUUCUUUUUUCUCUUCUCCAUCAUCGUCACCGCUCCUGAGUUCAAACCCUAGCUCGUCAUGGAAGAAGAGAUCAAAGCAGAAUUCGAAAGAAGUGGGUUUUCUAUCGACGAAGAGGACAUAUUGAAGAAAUGUCUCACUUUCUGCAUAAAUUGCAAACUGACGCCUUCCGAUCUUGUUUCCAGCUGGGAGGUUUACUAUCUCAACAGGCAAUUAAGUGGUUCCUUGGUACAAAAUGCUCAAAUGGACGGAUUCUUGUUGCACCUACAAAACGAACAGAAGGACGCGAUUAUCAAAGAGGAACCGAACUUGCAUAUCUACUCCAGUAAUGACGUUGAUAUGAUUCUAUGCGAUGAACAUGAAGAUACAAAAGAGGGUAUCCUAGGCACUCCAACAGACCGACCUGAAAACAUCUAUCCAGAGUCAUUUGACAUUACGCCUGGAACAACUGGGAAUAGACGACCCAGCUCUGGAAAGCCAUCCAGACUCGCAAGUAACAAUAUGACACCUUUUGGGCAAAGGACAAGCAAGUUUGUCGUACAAUCUGCUUUUAAUAAUCCUUUAGAUGAAGGGAACGAUGUAAAAGAACAAGAAAUUGACAAUACCGAAAAUGACAUCAUUAGGAGGGUCCAGCCAAUCAAAAGGUGCUCUUUGCAAGUUUGUGGGUCACAACCAGAACCGGGUUGCAGAUUUAUGUAUGACAGGGUUGAGGACAGGUUCAAUUCUCUUGAAAAUCGAAUUAGAAGGCAUGCAAUUGCACUUGUUGCUUCUGGACUUUAUGAGGAACCAACGGACCCUACAGUGGCGUCACAGAAUAAAGUUUUCUCUGUUGGCAUGGUCUGUUGCGAUGGAGAAGGUCGGCUGAAUGAAAAGUCUGUCCUGUUACAAGGCAGCAGUGUUGAACAUUGUGGGGGACAACGUGUGCGUCUUGACUUACAUAAACUGACCCAGUUUUCUUUAUUCCCAGGCCAGGUGGUGGGUAUUGAGGGGCAUAAUCCUAGUGGACACUGUUUUGUUGCAUCAAAAGUAGUUGAUUAUAUGCCCUUGUCAAUUUCCCCGAACGCUGAUUUAGCUCCUGCAAAAAAGCAACAUCUAGAUGAAGAAUUUAAUCCACCUCCUUCAAAUAUGCUAGAAGAGCUUUCACUGAUUAUUGCUGCAGGACCUUUCACGACAACUGACAACUUGUUCUUUGAACCUUUAAGUGAAUUGCUUGCAUAUGCAACCAGAAAGCAGCCUCAGUUGCUUAUGCUGCUAGGGCCAUUUGUUGAUUCUGAACAUCCUGAUAUUAAGAAAGCAGCCAUUGAUAGAAGCUUUGAAGAAGUAUUUCAUGAGGAAGUACUCAAAAGGGUGCAAGAUUAUGCUGCAUUCAUGGGUUCUGCUGCACGUGUGGUUCUUGUUCCAUCUAUACGAGAUGCUCACCAUGAUUUUGUUUUCCCUCAGCCUCCACUUGAUAUACACUUUUCUGAUCUAAAACAUCAGAUAACUAGCUUUGCAAAUCCAGGGCUUUUCGAUGCAAACAAGGUAAAGAUAGGUUGUUGCAGCAUGGAUAUCCUGAGACAGCUUAGUGGGGAGGAGAUUUCACGAAACCCAGCUAAUGGAUUAUCUGGGGAUCGUAUGGGCAGACUUGCAUGUCAUUUAGUCAACCAGCGAAGCUUUUAUCCUCUUUAUCCACCUGCAGAAGGUGUUCCAUUGGAUCUUUCACUUGUUCCAGAAGCCUUGCAGAUACCCUCUGUUCCAGAUAUUCUUGUACUGCCUUCAGACCUGGCUCCAUUUGUGAAGGUACUGCCCUUUGGCCAAAGAAUGAAUGAAGAGGAGCAAGUAAAAUGCAUCUGCAUAAAUCCUGGUAGACUGGCCAAGGGUGUUGGAGGAGGCACGUUUGUAGAGCUCAACUAUCAUGGGAAUGCUGACAGAACAAGUGCUUCGGUCAUUCGAAUCUGAUUCUUUGACUGCAGGACUAAAACAAGAUACUCGUAUUAGAUGUGUCUCACUGAACCAGGAACCAUCCAUUUGACAAUAUUUAUAGUAACAGUUUGGUUCCAAUUCUCGAUGGCUGGCAAUCAAGUUCAAGGGGAACAGUCUUUUAUCGGAUCUGCUUUCUAUUUGACAACAUGAUUUAGGCAUUUAGCUUAAAUUGAAAGGGAGGGUGUAAAAUUGCUGAUUGUAGUAGGGCUUGCCCUUUGUAAUUUUAAUUUGUUCCAGUUUUGUUUAUCAAAAUUUUCUUUAUUUCCUUUU